AUGCUAUUUUCGAAUCCCCGCGCCGCAGAAGCAUGUAAAUCGUACAUCGCCUCCGUCGAACGACAGAAGCAGCAAGCCGAUAUCAGCGACUGGAUCGCGCUGACGUCGCUGGGCUGGGAAUCCUUCACCACCCCACAAUCACACUCCAGUCUGCCCAUGCUCUACGCAGUCACAUACCCCGAGGGCUGGCACGCCACUGCGACGACCUUCUGGCGCCUCACGGGCCUUGGGAUCUCCUCGCGUCUGUCCGAGGAAUGCCUCGAGCGGGUCGAAACACUGCGCAAGAUGGAGUCCAUGCCGAGAUGCCUCUCUAGCAAUGACACCGAAGUCUACUUCAUCCUUCAAUCUCGCAUUGCCAGCCUCAUCGAACGAGCUCCCAUCACCGAUCGACCGCGCAAAGUCGCCGGCGAGGAUGUAUAUCUGUACCAGUCCGGCAUGGCGGCCAUCUACAACAUCCACCAGAUGCUUCUGCGAUGGCGCGGCGCAGAAAGCGCCAUCGUCGGGUUCCCCUAUGAGCUGACUAUCAAAAUGCUGGAGACCUACGGUCCCGGGUAUACGUUCUACAGCGCCGGCACCGACGCUGACAUCGACCAAUUCGAAGCGCAUCUCGAGAAACUGGCCAGCUGCGGACAAAAGCUUCAGGCUGUGUGGUGUGAAUGUCCAUCCAAUCCGCUCCUGCGUACCGUCGACCUCGAUCGGAUCCGGAGACUUGCUACGAAAUUCGACUUCGUGGUCGUGGUCGACGAUACUAUCGGCAGCUUCGCCAAUGUCGACGUGUUAGAUAUCGCAGAUAUCGUGGUCACCUCGCUGACCAAGUCUUUUAAUGGAUUCGCAGACGUCCUGGCAGGCAGCUUAAUCCUCAACCCCAACUCCCCUCACCACCAAACCUUCCACACUCUCCUGCACCAACCCCCCCAUAAAACCAGCAACACCAACACGAACCUCUACCUCCUCGAUGCCCUUCACCUCGAAAUCAACAGCCGCGACUACCUAACCCGCUCCUCAAUCCUCAACACCACCGCCGAAUACCUCGUCGACUCCCUCGUCCCCCACGCCUCCAACUCAAAUAACCCAACAAGCGUCCUCUCCGCAAUUUACUACCCAAAACUCUGCCGGUCACGCUCAAACUACGCCCGACGAAUGCGUCCCGCCACGCCGGACGACGGCUUCAUCCCCGGCUACGGAUACCUGUUCACACUGGAGUUCGUGAGCGUGGCCACCGCGACGGCGUUUCUGGAUCGGUUGGGGGUUCAUAAGGGGCCAUCUAUUGGGGCCCAUGUUACGUUGGCACUGCCGUAUGUGCAGAUGGUCUUGCAGAGGGAGAAGGAGUGGGCGGAGGGGCAUGGGUUGAGGGAGACGAUUGUUAGGGUUUCCGUUGGGUUGGAGGAUAAAGAGGCCCUCGUGGAGGGGUUUCGGGUGGGGUUGGAGGAGGCGGAGAGGGUCGGUAAGGGGGUAUGA